CGGGCGGGAACAGGAACGCGGGGUGCGGGGUGCGGAGCGGCGAGGGGCGCGCGGGGGGAAUGGGAGAGUUGGGAGGCGCAGAGUGGCCCCUGGCGCUCCGGCCGCCCUGCCACCCGCCUGGAAGUGAUGCAAGCCCGGGCUGUCACCUGGACCCGUGCUCGCCGCCCAGCCCGGGGCGGCCGGGAGUGGAGGCAGGGCGAGGAACGGACAGCAGGCGGGUGAAUGCAGGGGCGUGGGGAGCGGGGCGCGGGGAGGGGGCCCAGCUGCAGGCCGGUCUCUCCCUGCUUCACUACUCUGCAUCGGUUGGGUGUGGAUGCUUUUUUUUUUUUUUUUAAUGGAAAGCGUCCCAACGCCAGGAAUUCCCAUAUGUGCUCGGUUUGUCCCCGGCAUCUCGGUGCCCGGGGCUCCUCCAAUCUGUCAGGGCUUCCGGGCUGGGCGUCUCGCGGAAUGCCAGGCGGCGGAAAGAGAAACUUUCCCAGCCGGGUGCGGGUGCGCCGCCGCCUUCCCUCCCUCCCGUGCGGGCCGUGCGCUCGGCUCGGCCAGACCCGGCCCGGCCCGAGCACACUCGCAGGCAGACGGACGCACGCUCCGCCGGCUCCGCGGCAACUUCGGGGCGCUCGCGGCCGCGCCGGGUAGUAGUUGGCGCAGGCCCCGCCUCCCGGCCGCGUUGUCAAACGGGCCGGGGUCUCCGAUUGGCCCAGCCGCCGGGACAACACCUGCUCGACUCCUUCAUUCAAGUGACACCAGAGCCUCCGGGGAUAUUUGAGGCACCGGCCCGCCGCUGGCCGGCACUCUGCGGCGCGGCCAGCGGCCUGAUCACAUGGUCUCGGAGAGCUGCGGGAGGGCGCCGGGUAACCUCUAGCCGAGCGCGGCCGGCGCAGCGCGAGGAGGAGGGACACGGCGAGCACGGGAGGAACACAAAGAACCCAGGUCUCCGGGAGCGAGGCCCGCCCCGGGAACCAUGUGCGCCGAGCGGCUGGGCCAGUUCGUCACCCUGGCUCUGGUACUGGCCACCUUCGACUCGGCGCGGGGAACCGACGCCACCAACCCGCCCGAGGGUCCUCAGGACCGGGGAUCCCAGCAGAAAGGUCGCCUGUCCCUGCAGAACACAGCGGAAAUCCAGCACUGUUUGGUCAGUGCCGGCGACGUGGGCUGUGGCGUGUUUGCAUGCUUCGAGAACAACUCCUGUGAGAUCCAGGGCUUACACGGACUCUGCAUGACUUUCCUGCACAACGCGGGAAAGUUCGAUGCCCAGGGCAAGUCCUUCAUCAAAGAGGCGCUGAAGUGCAAGGCGCACGCGCUGCGGCACCGCUUCGGCUGCAUCAGCCGCAAGUGCCCGGCCAUCCGCGAGCUGGUGCUGCAGCUGCAGCGGGAAUGCUACCUCAAGCACGGGCUGUGCUCGGCCGCGCGGGCCAACGCGCACGUCCUGGCCGACAUGAUCCACUUCAAGGACCUGCUGCUGCAGGAGCCCUUCGUGGAGCUGGUGAACCUGCUGCUGGCGUGCGGGGAGGAGGUGAAGGCGGCCGUGGCCCGCAGCGUGCGCGCGCAGUGCGAGCAGAGCUGGGGCGGCCUGUGCUCCAUCCUCAGCUUCUGCACCUCCGCCCUGCACCGGCCCCCCACGGCCGCGCCCGAGCGCCAGCCCCCAGGCGACAGGGCCCGGCUGGCCAGGGCCCAGCUCGGCGACGCGGAGCCCGGCAGCCGGGAGCCUGGCCGCGGAGCCAGGGGCGAGCGCGGCGGCCGGAACCACAUCCACGCCCUCUCCCGGAGCCAGGCCUCGUGGGGGCCGGGGGCCCCGGGAGCUCCUGGGAGCAGCAGCGAGGGCGAGGGUGGACAGCCAGAGGACUCGGACAUCCGGAGGUGAGAGUCCAGCCUGCCCUCCGUGCCGCCCCUUUCUUCUCUGUGGACAUUCCAAAGACACUCGCCACCGCCGAGGGCUGCGGAGCCCGAGCGCAGACGGGGACUGCAGAGCUGUGAUGGUGGCCGGGAGGCCGGGCACAGCGGGCACUGCCCUCCCCUGCUGCGGGUGGGCGGCCUCAGGGCCCACACUUGUAAGUGGAGGCCAUCGUGCCUCUUGUCCUUCGCAACUUUGCUUUCUGUCCGCAGAGCUAGUGGCCUGCGCUUCAUCUGCGGUGGGGAGGGGCGGGGGAGCGGACCCCCGGUGGACCGUGUGCUGUAGCUGGACACCCCCACCCCUCCGCAGCUCCGGGAGCUGCCACCAGCACCGGGAAUGCACACUGGGGGGACGCCGGGCGGGUGCUUGGUACCAGUGGGAAUGGAGCUCCUCGCCGUCCUGGGGGCAGAGGCGCAGAGCCCCCUGGCCGGGGCGGGGCUCCGAGAGUCACCUCUGAGCCGUUGUUCCGCCCGGCGGGCUCCUACUUUAACCACUGCUUCCACGACCCCACGACCGAGUCCACUUUUUUUAUUUAUCCAAUUCCUCCUAUCUGUCCUCUAAUAAACGCUUUUGGAAAAAGCAA